AUGACCAAAUUAAUAAUUUCCUCAUCUCUCUUCCAAUCACAAAUUUCAGAUUUACUACCAUGUAACAACUUCAAAAAAUCACAAUUGACCUAUUCUUUAUUAAAUGCAAUGAGUUUAUUAGAAUGUUUUGAUCAUGUCAUAACAAAUCCAUAUUGUUCUCAAGAAGAAAUGAUGAAAUUUCACAGUAAAGAAUAUAUCAACACCAUAAUGAAUCCACGAUAUAACAAUAUUAUGCCAUAUGAUGAAGGCAAUGAAUCCAAAUGGAAUGAAUUGAAUGAGAUGGCAAAGCAAUGGUAUGAUUUGAAUAAUAUUGAAGCUCCAGAAGGAAGAUCCCACUCGAGGCUAGCUCUCUAUGAGCGGUUCAAGGAACUUUCAGUCGAAACGAACAGACCAUCACAUGAAGUUUCUAUACCGACAAGUAAGAAACGAUCAGCUUGGGAAGCUCUUUUAGAUGAGAGUAAUAGUACAACUGAAGAGCCUGUUAAUAAAAGAGCAGAAAAAGAGAACAGUAAUGAUAAUGAAAAAGAAAUGAUUCGGGAAAAACUUAAAGGUUAUAAUUUGGAAGGUGAUUGCCCUAUAUUUUCUUACCUACCAGUAUAUUGUCAAGUAAUAGUAGGAGCAACUCUAUCAUUGGCUAAACAUAUCACUGCAGUAGCUAAUGAAAGAACAAUUGCAGUUAAUUGGGAUGGUGGAAGGCAUCAUGCUUUGAGAAAUAAAGCAAGCGGAUUUUGCUAUAUCAAUGAUAUUGUGUUAUUAAUUCAACAAUUAAGGAGCAAUGGGUACAAAAGGAUAACGUAUAUUGAUUUUGAUCUACAUCAUGGUGAUGGUGUCCAAAGGUCCUUCCAAUAUUCCACAAGUGUUCAAACCAUCUCAGCCCAUAUGUUUGAACCUGGGUUUUUCCCAUGUACUGGAUCAUUAAAGGAAUCUAAAAUGGGUAAAAAUAUCGUUAAUAUACCAUUACUUCAUGGCGUUGAUGAUAUGUUAAUGAACGAGAUAGUGGAAAAAGUCAUGAUACCUUGCGUGAAAAGGUAUGAUCCUGAAAUAUUGGUGAUACAAUGUGGUGGGGAUGGUUUAAUUGGAGAUGGGUAUGCUGAAUGGCAAUUGACAAUUCAUGGGCUUGUAAACAAUAUAUUAAAACUCCUAAGGAUCUUUCCUGGCUGCCCUGUUGUAUUGUUGGGAGGAGGGGGUUAUAAUGAGACAGUUAUGAGUAGAUUUUAUACAUACUUGACUUGGAAGAUUGUUGACGAGUACUCUAAUAAGAAAUCACUUAAGAAACCAUUCCAGGCAAAAGAAGAAAGAAUACAUGACAAAGAUCGUAGUAUUAAGGGAUACCAACUUGAUGAUAGACAUACCGAUGACAUACUCAUUACAGAUCAUGAACUUAUUGAAGCAUAUAGAGAAGAACAUUAUAAGUUUUGGAUCUAUGAGCAAGAAGGAAGCUCCAAAAGGAAAAACCUUCGUAAUGAUAAUGGAGAAACAAGCGAAGUUAUUAAAAAACUCCGAAAUUUUUAUUCACUUGAUGAUUAA